GGGCGGGGUUUAGGUGCAAAGCACUCCAGGAGCCGCGUCUCUGAGUGUGUCCUUUUCGUAACGGUCCGCACCUCCUCCUGGCUUCAUUCAUUUCUUCCUUUUUUUUUUUUUUCAUUCACGGAGGUAGUGAGGCCUGUUCAGAAGCCAUGGAGAGCGUUUUCCCAGCUGCCGGCUUCCUGUACUGGGUAGGCGCGGGCACCGUGACUUAUCUGGCCCUGCGCUUCUCGUACUCGCUCUUCGAGGCCUUUCAACUCUGGGGUGUGGGUAACGAGGCGGAGGUCGGCCCGAGGCUCGGUGAAUGGGCAGUUGUCACAGGUAGCACUGAUGGAAUUGGAAAAUCAUAUGCAGAGCAGUUAGCAAAGCGUGGAAUGAAGAUUGUCCUGGUCAGCAGAUCACAGGAUAAACUAAAUCAGGUUUCCAGUGAGAUAAGAGAAAAAUUCAAAGUGGAGACUAAGACCAUUGCUGUUGACUUUUCAUCAGAAGAUAUUUAUGAUAAAAUUCAAACAGGCCUGGCAGGUCUUAAAAUUGGUGUUUUAGUGAACAACGUGGGAAUGUCCUAUGACUAUCCUGAAUACUUUUUGGAAAUUCCUGACUUGGACAAUGUCAUCAAGAGACUGCUAAAUAUUAAUAUUCUUUCGGUUUGUAAGAUGACACAAUUGGUGCUGCCUGGCAUGGUUGAAAGAUCUAAAGGGGUGAUUCUGAAUAUCUCCUCUGCCAGCGGCAUGACCCCCGUUCCACUCUUGACCAUCUAUUCUGCAACCAAGGCUUUUGUAGAUUUUUUCUCUCGGUGUCUCCAUGAGGAAUAUAAGAGCAAGGGCAUCUUUGUGCAGAGUGUCCUGCCAUACUUUGUUGCCACAAAACUGGCUAAAAUCCGAAGGCCAACUCUGGAUAAACCCUCUCCAGACACGUUUGUGAAGUACGCACUGAAUACAGUAGGCCGGACGACUCGUACCUGUGGAUACCUGGUCCAUUCUCUUAUGGCCUUUCUCAUCUCAGUGUUUCCUUCCUGGAUUUACUUUAAAGUGCUCAUGAGGAUAAACCUGGCUACACGAGCUCAUGGUCUGAAAAAGAACAAGAAGAACUAAGCACUGAUACCUGCGCUGAGAAACUUGGCCAGAUGCUUCUGCCCUGCAAAGUGCUCCACCUGUCCCUAGAACCUGUGGUUUUCAUUUCUGUAGAGACCUGGCAUGGGGAAGAAACAGAAGUUGCUCUUAGCAUUUCUGACAUCGUCUAAUGCCACCUGGAGAAAUUUUGAAGUGUAAUAUAAAUGCUGAUAUCAAAUAGAUGUAGAAGAAGAACUACCAAGAACAGCUUUGUAGAAAGACACGUAAUUAUAACAUGUCAGAAUGUCAAGAGACAGGCGUAAAAUUCAACAGUUUUCCUCUGGUCCAAGAUGCUAAUGAUUGUUAUAUUUUCUCAGAAAUAUAUUACAAAAUGUAAUGACUUAGGUAUUUUUUUUUUUAACACUGAGGGAAUGGGGAUUCAUUAAUUCACUUAUGGGCAGACAAGCUGCAAUUUGCAUAAAUCUGUAAGGUUUUCUAAAUAUAUUAUCAGUUUGUACAUUUAUAUGGAACUCUUUCUCAAAAUUAGCUAGUGACAAAAGUAUUUGUGGCUAGCUAGACAUAGUGGUGCAUGCCUAUAACCCCAGCACUUGGGAAGCUGAGGCAAGAGGAUUGCCAUGAGUUUGAGGCCAACCUAAGUUAUAAAGUAAGUUUAAAAAGCCUAGCUCAAAAAAGCAAGACCCUACAUCAAAAAAAAUUUUUGGUGUGUGAAAAAAAAAGUUAACUUCUCACAUGUGAAGCCUACGAAAAUAUAUGCUUUCUUAUAGUAUGUAUUAUUUCUCCUCAAUUUUAAUGUAAGGUGUGAGUGAAUUACAGAGGUAAAUGGGCUAAAAUGUGCACAGAAACUGGCAGCUUCCUACAGUGCCACUGAAGCCUAGAACUAGGAGAUGAACCCCCGGCCGCCUUUGUUUCUGCUGCUCCCGCGCUGCUCACUUAUGUAACCCAGGCUGCUUCUGUAACGGCACGAGUUAUCACGGGUGCUACUCAGGUUGGUAACCUAUAGCUUUUGGUGGGAUCGGUCCUAAUAAAAAUGCUAUAACAAUA